AAAAAAGCAGAAAAAAAAGACCCUUGCAGACCAUUUGCCAUCUGCUCUUCCUCCGCCGCGGCGGCCAACUUCUUCGACACCGCCGGCGCCUCCCGAACCAUUUCGACCACCCCGAAAGAAGCCCAUGACACCUUCGGCUCCCUCCGACGCUGGUGCCGCUGCCGGGACUUUUCCAUCGGCGCCCUGUGUCUUGGCCUGCCCUCAGCCGGCGCCGUCGCCGUCGCGAAGGCCGCUCCGGCGAGGUAUCAUGUCCCCACAUGUUGGAAUGGUUAGAAGGCCUCGGGGUGGAUAUGGAGAGAUCGGACAUGUCUUUCUCUGCGAGUACACAGCCGGACGGCAGCAGCAGAGGAUGUGAGUGGGGCAAUGGUAACGGUAUCUCAAGCCUCUUGGCGCAAAAAGCCAACGUAUUGAAAACAAGUUUUUGGCGCAUGCUGCGUGAGAUAUUCAAGUUCAAGAACGAUGCUCUGACGUACCUGGAGUACCAUGAUCGUAACCCUGAUCUGGACUGUAAUGAGACAAUGGGGCAGUUCAUUCAGUCACAUGGAUAUUCCCUAUUAUUCCAAGAGGCUUAUCUUAUUCCAGUCUGUGGAGGCAUGUGGUCAUCUUCAUCACAUGGUGUUCUUAGCUUGUCCGCUUUCUUCGUGCUAUCAUUUUUCCGUAACCAUGACCUUCUUCAGCUGUUUUGUUACCCUCAGUUGGCCACUGUCAAGGCUUGUUCGCAGUCCUUUGUAGACAAGGUAAAAGGAGAAUUGGAGAGAAUCGGCUGUCAAAUUAAAACCAGCUGUCGGGUCAAAUCUGUUUCAAGCCCUGAUGGAGCAGCUGGCUACAGAGUCUUGGAGAAUGAUGGUUCAGAGGAAACAUACGACAGUGUCAUCCUCGGUGUCCAUGCACCCAAUGCUCUCAAAGUAUUAGGAGCUGAAGCUACACAUCACGAACUGAGAAUUCUAGGUGCAUGUCAGUAUGUCCAAAGAGAUAUAUACCUCCACCGUGAUAAAAAUCUGAUGCCCCAAAAUUCGUCCGCAUGGAGUGCCUGGAAUUUCCUGGGGACAACUAGCAUGGGUUUUUCUGUUACUUACUGGCUAAACCUUAUUCAGAAAAUUGAAUCUGUCAGGCCUUUCCUGGUGACACUUAACCCCCCUCGUGUUCCGGAUCAUGUAGUGCUUAAAUGGUCUACAAGCCUUCCUGUUCCGUCAGUGGCUGCGGCGAAGGCUUAUCUUCAGCUUGAUCAGGUCCAGGGAAAGAGAGGAAUAUGGUUCUGUGGGGCAUAUCAAGGUCAUGGCUUCCAUGAAGAUGGAUUGAAGGCUGGGAAAGCAGCAGCUCAAGGUUUGCUUGGAAAGAAAUUUCAGCUUCUGCGGAACCCAAAGCAGAUGAUUCCAUCAUGGACCGAGGUUGGGACGCGCCUUCUAGUUACAAGAUUUUUCAACCAAUUCAUAUCCAUCGGCAACUUGAUAUUGGUCGAAGGAGGUAGUGUGUUGAGCUUUGGUAAAGUUUGUGACAAAUGCCGUAUAAAAUCUGUCAUGCGAGUUCAUGACCCCUUGUUCUAUUGGAAGGUUGCAACAGAAGGAAACCUUGGCUUGGCAGAAGCCUAUAUUAACGGAUGUUUCUCUUUUCUUGACAAGAGAGAAGGCCUUCUGAAUCUUUUCCUGAUACUCAUUGUUAACAGAGAUGUGCGUAGGAGCUGCAGGAGUGCCAGAAAAGGGGGUCGGUGGACACCCUUGCAUUUAAUAGCACGAUUGGCACAUUCUAAAUACAUUUUGCGUGAAGUCUCGAGGAAGAACACUGUGACACAAACUCGUCGAAACAUCUCUCAGCACUAUGAUCUUAGUAACGAUUUUUUCUCGCUUUUUCUGGACAAAUCAAUGACUUACUCUUGUGCUGUUUUCAAGAUGGAGAAUGAAAGCUUAGAAGUAGCCCAGCAACGCAAGCUUAGCCUUCUAAUCGACAAGGCUAAAGUCAAGAGGGGGCAUCAUGUUCUUGAUAUCGGUAGCGGCUGGGGAAGUUUAGCAAUACAAGCGGUUAAGCAAACUGGCUGCAAAUACACUGGAGUCACUUUGUCAGCGGAGCAGCAUAAAUACGCAGAGAGAGAAGUCAGAGAAGCUGGCUUAGAGGACAACAUAAGUUUUAUGCUGUGCGACUACCGUCAAAUACCACCUUGCAAGUAUGAUGCAAUCAUAAGCUGCGGUAUGAUCGAACAUGUUGGCCAUGAAUACAUGGACGAAUUUUUUGCCUGCUGCGAGUCUUACUUGGCUGAAGAUGGCAUAUUGGUUCUCCAGUUCAUCUCAGCUCCAGACGAACGGUACGAACAAUACAGAAGAAGGACGGACUUCAUAAAAGAAUACAUAUUUCCUGGUGGUUGCCUUCCUUCUUUGGGCCGUGUAGUGUCUGCCAUGAGCACAUCAUCAAGGUUCUGCAUAGAGCAUGUGGAGAAUAUUGGGCCUCAUUACUACACAACUCUGAUGCACUGGAGGGACAACUUCAUGACCAACAAAGAUCAAGUUUUGGCCCUGGGCUUUGAUGAGAAGUUCGUCCGCAUAUGGGAGUUCUAUCUCAUAUACUCUGCGGCUGGUUUCAAGUCACGAGCAGUUGGAGAUUACCAGGUACGUACAUAUAUAUGUAUGCUCACUGUGUAUGCAUUUACCUAUGUUAUUUCCAGACAAAUGGAAGUCAUAUACUCCUAUGGUCUUGAAAAGAUGACAUUGUGGAAAUUAGCGGGGUCUCCAAAAUGUAGCGACCAUUAAUUUUCACUGCAGUAAAUCGUAAAAUUUAAUUGUCAAAUGAUGAAAGUGCUUUCUUGAGAAAUACCUAAACAUGUGGUUUUCACAUAUCAAAUCGGAACACUUUAAUUAUAUCUGAAUCUUCACCUUUUCCUGUUGCCUGGCUGACAUAUAUAUAUAUAUAUAUAUAUAUAUAUAGACACGCUAAACUAAGCCUGAGCGCAAAAUCACUUAUCCUGCGCUCCGGCCGGCGCGCUCUCCCCACACAACCGGAAACUCAACUAAAAAGAGCAACUCCCUGUGCGCCACCUAGGUUGCCUCCUAAUCAAGGGUAAAAGAUGGAUAGGACAUAGUAAUGCACUACAAAGUUUUACUAGCAACGUUUGACCAUCAAAUCCAACGUAAAAGGACACUUGUGGAUAGUAAAAGCGCACUAGUUGAUGGUAAUGAUCGUUUUUUUGUAAAAGCACAUGGCUUGUCGCAGUGGACUUGGUUUUUUUGCGAUCGGUGUGGCUAGAUUUCUAUGUACAUAAAACUUGUCCAUUUGACUUUUUAACCUAGAUCGAAGAAUUUUAACUUUUUCGUUGCCCACAAAAUGCUAGAUUAUGCUUGGGAAAAACAUAAACAUGCACUAAUGCAUUACUAUAUAUCAACCUGGAUCGAAGCAUUUUGACUUUUUUGUUGUACACAAAUGCUAGAUUAUGCUUGGGAACAACAGAGCACAUGCAGUAAUGCAUUACUACAUAUCAAUCUGGAUCGAAGUAUUUUAACUUUUUUUGUUCGUAAUUUUCUUUUUUGCGUUACCAUCCACUCCAUUUUUUUACUACUGCCAAUUUGUGAGCAUGUAGUAAUACAUUAUUACAUGUUUCGGCCAGGUUUUACAACAUAUCUCACUGCCCAGUAAUAGAACUAGGUCCAUUACCAUGUCCGCUAUACCCUAUUACUUUCAAUGAUUAGUGACCAAAAAGCAGGACGAGGCGGACCAGCACAUGGUAACUGAAUUAAAUGUGUUACUUUUCCUACCACUCAGCGUUACCCUCAACAUUUCUGCGGUGGAGGGCGGCCUUCUCAGCGCCACCCGCUGGCCUAAUUAGGUCCGGCCGGAGCGUAGUUUAAGCAGAAUGCGCGCUCGCUCACAAUAGCGCAGCCGUAUAUAUAUAUAUAUAUAUAUAUAUAUAUAUAUAUAUAUAUAUAUAUAUAUAUAUAUAUAUAUACAUGCAGGUUGUUUUCUCUCGUCCAGGCAACCGUCGGCUAGCCCACCCUUGAUGGAUAAAGACAAUAUGUCCUUCUCUGUUCAGCUGUCGAACUGCUACUUCUCGAUAGCUUACGACCUUUCAAUAAAUCAGCCCUGGAAUGGUUUGUUCAUAUGGGCAGCCUGAUCUAGUGGUUUGGUGAUCUACCUUCUUGUUUUAAUCAUGAAAUGUUUGGUUUUUCGUGGCAGUGUAUUGUUAUCUAUCAAUGAACUUGUAUGAUGCAUGCAUGUGUGUAUGCAAGUGUUACAUUAGACUGGUUACUAGAAUUUGAGAAUUGUAUGGAAGGAACUGAUUUAUUGUUUUGAUGUCUUGUCAGAAAUAGUGGAUGCCA